AGUAAACAAUUGCAUUUAGCUUUUCCGAUGAUAGACAUUAAAGAAAGUUGAACAGAGAGCAGAGGCAGAGCAUAUGGUUGGUCAAGCAAGAUUAGCCGACCAGCAGACCUAAUCCUCGCACGCCUCCACCAAGUAAUGCUUGCUUCCUUCACUUUCCUUUGAUUUCUCCGCUUCUCUUCUCAUUCUUCACUUCCCGUCUCCCGCCAUUCACUGUGCCCGCCGGACCUCGGAUUUCGGAGAUCUGUGCUUCACCAACAAUCCGAACAUGGUUCGCGUGGCGGAGUUCGUUUUUGUUGCGAUUCUGUUGGCAUCUCCGGAAAUGGCGCUUCUCGAUGCUGCUCCUGUGGAACGGUUUUCAUGUUGUUGCAUUUGUUGUUUCUUGAACAUAUCUAAUGACGAAGCAAACGUGAAAUGUACGACUAGUUGGUGAUGAGCAAGCAAGAAACAGGGUAGGGGAGGAAGGACCUGGUACUUGCCCCAAAACUGAGUAACUCGUGCUCAUUUCAUUUGUAUGCUCUUAAUGUCAGAUAGGCAGGCUAGCUUGGUAUACCUGGAAAAUUUCCUGCCUCUACCAUGCUGUGAACUAGUCAACAAGGAAAGCAACUACUAAUUACUAAAUGGAGUAUAAUAACUUGGUGUGGAAGGGAACCUAAACAAGGAUGAAAAGUAGAAGCAUAUCUAUUUAGCCAAACUGGCUUCCUUGCAAGACAUAUCCUCGAAUUGUUCCUUUAUAUAUGUUUAAUUUCUGAAUCAUUUUUCUGCCUCACAUUCUUCAGCAAAGUCACUGGCAGCUUUUUGCAAAAUCCUCUGCAUCAUACAUCCAUAUUCUCCAUACUCUUAACAUUCAAUCUCCUCUGGAUUAAUCCAUGGGAAAUUCUCUCACAGUCUCUUCUACUUUGGCAGUGCGUGGUCUGUUCAAGAAAAAGAAACCUCAGCCUCCGGCCAUUGAGACCACAUUCAAGCUUCCUGCUGCUCCACCAGUUUGGCCACCAGGUAAAGGAUUUGCAACUGGAAUCAUUGAUCUUGGUGGAUUGCAAGUGUCUCAAGUUUCAACAUUUAACAAAAUUUGGACCACCUUUGAAGGUGGACCAAAUAAUGCCGGGGCAGCCUUCUUUGAGCCAACAGGAAUACCUGAAGGAUUCUCCAUGUUAGGUUGCUAUAGCCAACCCAACAACAAGCCUCUUUUUGGAUGGGUUCUUGUGGCAAAAGAUAACUCUCCAGCCAGCAAUGCAUCUCUAAAAGCUCCAGUUGAUUAUAAACUGAUAUGGAGCAGUAAUUCUCAGAACCUCAAGCAAAAUGGCCCUGGCUAUGUUUGGCUACCAAUAGCCCCAGAUGGCUACAAAGCUGUAGGCCAUGUUGUCACAACCUCCCCAGAAAAGCCUUCCCUCGACAGAAUCCGGUGUGUCCGAUCAGACCUCACUGACCAACCCGAGACAUACUCAUGGAUUUGGGGACCAGGCAAGAACUAUGACCCCAACGGACUAAAUGUAUAUGAUGCCAGACCAAGCAGCAGGGGAACUCAAGCUCAGGGCGUCCGUGUAGGGACCUUCAUUGUUCAAAAUGGAGGGGCCACUACCCCUCUAUCUAUUGCCUGCUUAAAAAACACGAAUGGUAACUCAAUCUCUAUGCCCAAUCUGCAUCAAAUAGAAGCAAUAGUCCAAGCUUACUCUCCAGUAAUGUACUUGCAUCCUGAUGAACAAUAUCUACCCUCCUCUGUGAACUGGUAUUUCACCAAUGGGGCAUUGUUAUACAAGAAAGGAGAAGAGUCAAAACCCGUCCCUGUACAGCCAAACGGCACUAACCUCCCUCAAGAUGCCAACAAUGACGGUGCCUAUUGGCUGGACCUACCUGUUGAUCAAAGCAACAAGGAAAGGGUGAAAAAAGGGAAUCUGGAGAGCUUCCACGCUUAUCUACAUGUAAAACCCAUGCUCGGAGGAACAUUCACAGACAUAGCCAUGUGGAUAUUCUACCCUUUCAACGGACCAGCGAGAGCAAAAGUGGAAUUCAUCAAUUUAUCACUGGGGAAAAUCGGCGAGCACGUGGGUGACUGGGAGCACGUGACACUAAGAAUAAGCAAUUUCAACGGCCAACUAUAUCAAAUCUACUUCUCAGAACACAGUGGGGGUAGCUGGGUCGAUGCCUCCCAGCUGGAAUACCAAAACGGCAACAAACCUCUGGCGUAUUCUUCGUUGCACGGGCACGCCAUGUACGCAAAAUCUGGACUUGUAAUCCAAGGGAGUAGCGGAAUCGGAAUAAGAAACGACACAGAUAAGAGCAACAUGGUGGUGGAUUUGGGGUCAAGAUAUGAGGUGGUAUCUGCAGAGUAUUUGGGUCCCGGGGUAGUGGCGGAGCCGCCAUGGUUGAACUACUUCAGGCAAUGGGGUCCGAAGGUAACUUAUGACACAGAGGAGGAGAUAAAGAAAGCAGAGAAGAUGUUGCCGGGAAGGCUGAAAUCUGCAUUCGAGAAGAUCGUGAGGGGAUUGCCGAAUGAAGUGCUCGGAGAGGAAGGGCCCACUGGUCCAAAGGUGAAGAGAAACUGGAACGGUGACGAAGCAUGAUCAUUAUAUAUAUGGCCUUGGCUUUUAGGCUGUAAGCUUAAUUUAGGAUAUUUAUAUUUGAUCACAGGGUUGUUGCUUGUAUUGAUGAAUUAUGACCAUGGUCCUUGGACAAUAGUGUAGUUGUCUAAGAUUGUUAAUAUAAAAAAUGUGCAAUUCUUUCAAAAGCGAAGCAACAUAGUCAAACAUAGGGUGUUUGUAAUUGCAGUUAGAUUCAGAUUUCUUGGACAUCUGGAUGACUGGAUCCAUCGAGGUGAAACGAAACAAAAGUACUGUUUAUUCUGUUA